GAGUAUGUAAAAGAAUACUCUAAAACAAAUAGUCUAGUCAAUAAGUCUAGUAGUCUAAGUAAACUUUCUUUUAAUAUAAAAACGGAUCGUUUUGUGCGAAUGCUCAGUCGUCAGCUGUUCAGCGUCAGCAGCCAUCUUGUAUUCCGUUUUGUUAUUGCUAGAAACAUGUUGAAGAUUACCGCCAUUUUGUUUUUGAUGUUUAUUGGCAACUUAUUAGCGGCGGGGCGGUCUUGCAACUCGUGCGGGAUGGAGUGCGCUCCAGCGUGCGGCACGAGGCACUUCCGGUCUUGCUGCUUCAACUAUCUGAGGAGGAAGAGGGACCCGGAUAUGUUACAGAAUAUUUUCGAGGAGCAAGAUUAUCCCAUGGACACUGUACACAGGGCGCAGCCCUAUUUCUUCUAUGACGACCUACGUGUACGAGCACCUUCGGUGUACAACUGGAGACGUUAAUACAGUUCUACCUAUAAAAUCAUGCAUGAUUUUGACAUCAUGAGAACUUAAAUAAUAUAAAAAAUAUUACACGACAAAGAGCGAGA